UAUGUCAUCUUUCUCUCUUGGGUUUAUCCAUCCAUCUUGCUAAGAUAAUUGCCCCCAGCUACCUUGCUCCCUCUGUUAAGAAAGAUGUCAGUCCCUCCAGACUCACCGUGGAGGGGGGCUGCAGCAGUCUAUGCACAGCCUUUAGACCCAAGUGAGUUUCUUGGAGUUGAAGCUUUGGUGGGACAAGUUUACUACAUUAAUUGCCAUUUAGCAAAUCCACGUUUGGAUGAUAUCAUAUACAGAAGCAGCGAAGAAGACCAAGAUAUCAGGCAGCACGUGUACCGUUGGGACUUGAGUCCUUAUCGAGAGGUCUUUACUAAUGGAUUCCAAGCAAGGCGUGAAACUAACACUCCCAGCACCACUUACUUCAAUUUGAAUCACUAUGUCCAUAAUGCUGGUAGGCCUCUUGAGUCAACUAGGCCUGCAACUCAUGCCCUCAUUAGCACAACUCUUGAUAGUAGAUGGCGUCCUAGGCCUACCUUCCAACCUGGACAGGAGAUGCGAGUCUAUCGUUACGAGAUCAACGCUCCCGGUGGUAUUUGGGUUUCUCAGACCCUCGGUAAUCUAUACCAAUGCCCUGCUCAAGACGAGGUUUGCUUUAUUGGUGCCAUUGCAUGUCAAUACAUUCGCUCUGCUCAAUUAUUCCAGGUCACACGUGAAUUUGGAUCAAGGUAUCCAACAUGGAGGAGAGCUGAUGACACACUACUACUAAAUGCCUAUUUUAAUCCACAGUCGCAUCCGUAUAGGGAGCUCCGACUCCGGUUGCCUGUAGUUGAUUACAAAGAUAAAAAUACUGGACGUAAGGGUUUGAAAAAACUAAAAAUUUAUCCAGUAGAAUCGGAUGUUGCGAGAAAGAAAAGACAAGCCUCGGAUGAUCCAGCAGAAUCGGAUGCCAUCUAUGAUUGGUAUGCAAAUCGUGUAGAAGAUAUACAGAGCUAUAUAAAUGCUGCAUUCCGUGCACGUAGUACAGAUGAAGCCUAUUUAUUCAUGGAAAAUGAGUAUGUGCUGGUGAAUUAUGCUCCAGGAUCAACAAACGACUGGAUUGUGAAUGGUCCGCUUUUUAUUUGUGAUGGGUAUCCAUCGCUUAUUGGUACAGCAUUUGGAGAAUAUGGAAUAGACUCUGCGUUUGACACUGAUAGCACGGAAGCAUUCAUCUUCUCUGGGAAACUUUGUGCCUAUAUAGACUAUGCUCCAGGAUCCAAAAAUGACAAAAUACUCCAAGGUCCUAUGACAAUCACUGCCAUGUUUUCCUUCUUCAAGGAUACAGUGUUUGAGAAUGGCAUAGAUGCUGCAUUUAGGUCAACUACGAGAGACGAAGCUUACUUAUUCAAAGGCAACCAGUAUGCUCUUAUAGACUAUAAUUCCAAGAGUAAAAUCGCCAUCCGUUACAUUAAUAAAGGUUUUUAUAGUUUGAUAGGCACCAUCUUUGAAAGUGGAAUUGAAGCAGCUUUCGCAUCUCACAGGAGUAAUGAAGCUUACAUUUUUAAAGGAGACCAGUAUGCAUUUAUCAAUUUUGCCCCAGGUUCAACCGAUGACUAUAUAAUUGGUGGUGUGAAGAAAAUCCCUGACAAUUGGCCCUCUCUUGGGGAAAUAUUGCCCCGCAAGAAUCGUGGGCUUGACGAGCAUGAUCAUCACGAUCAAGCACAAGGCGACCGAGACCAAGAUCUUUAA